AUGUUGUCACUAGGCGCAGUGGUACACAAAAUAAAGAAGCAAUGUAACAACUCAAAGUAAGAUUAAUAUGAAACCUGAACUUUUACAUUGGAAGGCAUGAUUAGAUACUGCUCCGCUUUGUUAGCAUUUAUCUUACCCUAAAAUCCUCCCUACUAUUAUAUAUUAGGUGCCGACAUAAAGAACCCGUCAUUUCUUACAGAAAAUUACAGGAAAAGUAUGGCGGGUUCUUUUUAAAUUUGUUUAGAAUAGCACUAGAGUAAGGCUAGUUCUAGGGUCGUUUUGGCUAGUUCUGAGGUUAGGUAGGGUUAAGUGUAAGCUAGGUCAAUUCUAGAAAAAAUCUAUAAAUGAAAGUAGAUUGUUCAAAUAAAUCUGUGCCCUGUGACCACAAAAAUUUGCUUUAAGAGAAAGCACAGAAUUAUUUGAAAAACCUAUUAAUACAUGAAUACCUUCAAAUUUUGCCUACUUUACGAUUCUCUCUACUAUCAGGUGCCGACAUAAAGAACCCGCCAUUUUUUACAGGACAUUACAGGAAAAGCAUGGCGGGUUCUUUAUUUCGGCACAUAAUAUAAAAUUUUGUUUCUGUAACGGUUUGCCUCAGCCUAGAAUGGACCAUGCUCUGACAUACCUUGCUUUAACAAUUACCCCCACCUUAUAAGUCACUUUGCCCUAAAGCUCACUUUAAGCUGCUCUAAUCUACCCUCCCCCCCCCCUUUUUUUCCUCCCUUCCCCUACGCUAUAAUACCCUAUCUUUUCAGAUACUCUACACAAAUCUCCCUCAUACCUAAAAUAAUAUUAGUUACACUAGCCCAUAUUUAUGUUAUUUUUGCGUUUGUUCACAAUGCCAAUACAGCAGUGUUGCCAUUAUCAUUAUUAAUACUCUGGUACCUAACAGUUUUAUAUAAACUACUUUGUGUUCCAUUACUUCAAAGAAAAGAUGUACAACAAGUCAUAGACAAUGUACAAAAUACUGUAGUAAAUGGUAUUAGCAGUGUGCCUUAUUUUCAAUUGUAAGUUACUUUUAAUAUACUACAGAUUCCACGUAGUAACAGUGUCUGAUAACCUAUGUUUUAGUAUAGCCCUAGGCGCGGUGGUUGCCGUCUUCUUAACCUGGUUAAUAUUAGACUGUAAUGGAGAAUAUACAAGGUUAAGAUCUCUUGGUGGAGUAGGCGUAUUCGUUUUUAUAUGCAUUUUAUGCUCCGCUAAUCCUGGAAAAGUAAGUUUUUAUUACUCUAACCUACCGUACCGUACCCUAUCCUACUUUAGUCUACCCUGCCCUACCCUACUUUACCCUGCACUACCCUAACCUACUAUACCCUACAGUACUCUAGCCUAUCCUACUCUCUACCCUAUUCUACCCUGUUCUACAGUCAGUACCUUAAGCUACCCUACCUAUCCUACAGUACCUUAUCCUACUGUACUAUCUGAAUUAUCUUAAACUUUAGAUCAAAUGGAGACCGGUAAUCGGUGGCAUACUACUGCAAUUCUCUGCCGGUAUACUAGUCCUACGAUGGGAAACUGGCAAUAAAGUGCUACAAGCUGUAGCUGAGGAAGUAAGCUUUAUAUAUACUCUUUUCAAUAUACUGUAACGUUUUAUAUCAAUAGCUAUAAUACAAUAAUAAAUGAUGAUCCCGUAUUUUACAUUAAAAUCCAUAUAAAACGUAUUAAAUCUUCUAGAUAGUAAAAUUCCUUCACUACACAUUCGUAGGUACACUUCAAACCUACGGCUUUAUCGUGAAGAUGCCAGAUAUUUGUGGAAUGGCUAUGGCAUUUGUUUUCACCUCCCUACAGAUCAUAAUAUACUUUGGAGCAGUAGUCUCAGUGUUGUACUAUUACGGUGUUAUUCAAGUUGUUUUAUCAAAAGUGGCAUGGGUAAUGCAACAUACAAUUGGUACUACUGCGGCAGAGAGUUUAAAUGCUGCGGCUUGUAUAUUUUUGGGGCAGGUGAGACUUUUUAUAUAUUUUUUAAAUUAAAUUUAGCAUUUUGAAUUAAAAUUUUUUUUCAAUAAAUUUGGCUUUUAUAUUUACAAAAUUUCAAUUUAAAAAAAAAUUUUUUAAUUUUCAGACCGAAGCCGCAAUUCUAAUAGAACCAGCUCUACUAACAAUGACUGAUAGUGAGAUUCAUACAGUAAUGACAGCCGGUUUCGCGUGUAUAGCUGGCUCGUUAUUCUCAGCUUAUAUUGAAUUCGGCGCUUGUCCUACUCAUAUACUGUCAGCUACUGUAAUGUCAGCAUCUACUUCUUUAGCCAUAUCGAAAAUUGUGUACCCGGAGAUUCAGAAAUCGAAACAAAAAGAAGCCAAAACUUUUGAAUUUGCUGCUAGGUAAGUUUAAUAUUAAGUGCCUACAUAAAGAACCCGCCAUACUUUUCCUGUAAUUUUCUGUAAAAAUAGCGGGUUCUUUAUGUCGGCCCCUAAUAUUAGCUAUUGAACUAGCCAUUUAUAGAGAAGCCAACAACUUGUUGGAAUGCAUCAGUAAUGGGGCCAUUCAUUCAGCCCAAUUCAUUGGAGCUAUUGCUGCUAACCUUGUGGUAUAUACAGCACUACUAUACCUUGUCAACUCAGUUAUGGGUUGGAUUGGGGUACUCAUUGGCAUACCAGAUCUCAGCCUUAAUGUAAGCAAUAUUUGAUAAACAUAAAUGCAUGUCUGUCUAAGCCUAAAAUUGUGUGGAUAAGCCUAAAUUGCGUAAGCCUAAAAUGUGUGCAUAAGCCUAAAUUGCGUAAGCCUAAAAUGCGUGCAUAAGCCUAAAUUGCGUAAGCCUAAAAUGUGUGCAUAAGCCUAAAAUGUGUGCAUAAGCCUAAACUGCGUAAGCCUAAAAUGCGCGUGCAAAAGCCUAAAUUGCGUAAGCCUAAAAAUAUGUGCCUAAGCCUAAAUUGCGUAAGCCUAAAAAUGUGUGAUUAAGCCUCAAGUGUGUGCAUAAGCCUACAUUGCGCAAGCGCCUGACUACGCUAAAACGUCUACUUAAGCCUAAAUUGCAUAAGCCUAAACCAAAUACAUACAUAAAAAAACUUUCAGAUGAUACUUGGAUACCUGUUCUUCCCCCUCGCAUAUGUUAUGGGGACUUCAGACGCCGCGGAUCCUGAUGUAAGCAUUUUUGCUAAUCUAUACCAAUUAUAAAUAUUAAAUAUGCUACUUCAAACCAUAUUUUAGGUAGCUUUACACGAAACACUCAAAGUAGCAGAACUUAUGGGUGUCAAAACCGUUCUCAACGAGUUUAUCGCCUAUCAGAAGCUGAAUGAGAUGGUAAAAACCGGAGAACUCGUAGGACAACGUGCUCGUAUGAUAGCAACAUACGCUUUAUGUGGAUUUUCAAACGUUUCUAUGAUUGGUAGUCAAAUAGGUAUUCUUACCAGUAUGUGUCCAGAGAGAAAACAUAGCUUUUCAAAGGUAAAGACGUAUCUGGAAUAAAAAGUUUACUAGAGAUGUAAACAAUUUUAUUGUUAUAAGUUAUAUUACUUAUAUUGUUGUAAAUUUCAUUAAAAACCCAAAAGUGUUACCUAAUUUAUAAAAAAAUGGUUUCAGCUGGCUGUUCGCGCCUUGAUCUCUGGUAUAUUUUCUUGUUUUACUACUGCAUGUGUAGCUGGUAAGUACCAACAUAAUUUUAUACGAAGAAAGGCUCGGAACAAUCUUAUGAUAAGAAUAUCACAUUGCAGAGAGUCAAUUGACAUUGCAGAGAGUCAAUGGACUAGUCAAAAAUGAAAAAAUAUACAAAAUUAUGAAAUAAAUUGUAGGUAUCUUGGUCAGCACCCCACAAGCCUGUAA